UAUCACCAUCUGUUAGAGAAUAUGAAGAGAACACAUUUGACAAGUUUCAGCAACAGAAGCACAGCCCAAGAAGAAGAAGAAGAAGGCACUGAUGGUGACAACAGAGUCAUCAUGAAUCACUACAAGAAUUAUGAAGCUGGGCUGAUCCCAUGGCCUCCCAAGAACUACACUUGCAGCUUCUGCAGGAGAGAGUUUAGAUCUGCUCAAGCACUUGGAGGCCACAUGAAUGUCCAUAGAAGAGACAGGGCAAAACUCAGACAGAUCCCUUCUUGGCUCUUCGAACCUCACCACCACAUACCUAUUGCAAACCCUAACCCUAAUUUUAGCUCUUCAACAACACCAGCUCAUCUUGAGCCUCCCCUAACCAACCAGAGAUCCAAAACAACUCCUUUUCCUUCUGCCAGGUCUGAUCUCUUGGACAGUACUACUAGCUAUGGAGGUUUGAUGGUGGACAGAGAGAAGAAAAAGAGCAAUGUAUGUAGCAGAGAGCUCAAGAAGGGUGUCAUCGAUGCAUGUCAUUCCGUAAGAUGUGAGAUUAGCCGUGGGGAUCUGAUGAAUCAGAGAGAUGAUCAUGUCAUGGGGUUGGAGCUUGGGAUGAGUUUGAGGAAUCCCAAACAAGUUCUUGAUUUGGAACUUCGACUUGGCUACCUUUAGAUUCAUUUGAUUAGUUCAAAAUUACAUGCAUGUAUAGCUGAGCAG